AUGUUAUUAUGUUGUUCUGUUUUGAUUCACAGUUCAUUUGUCGCCGAAGACGUCACUCAAAGUGGGCAAAAUAUCAUCGACAUUAGCUCACUGUUACCACAAACAGUGUGCUCCUUGGCCAAAGCCACAGCAAUCAAUGGUGCUGGCACACGGCUAAAGCUCAUCCACCAACACGGCCCUUGCUCACCCUUCAACCACUCAAACAAGUUAACUCACAAUCAAAUUCUCACACAAGACCAAUCCCGUGUAAAUUUCAUCAACCAGCACCGCCGCCACAGCACCAUCACCAGCACCAGCACCAGCACCACCUCCAAAAUCCCUGCUUACACUGGAAACUCAUUCUCAACUGGAAACUAUAUAAUCACCAUCAAUUUUGGCACGCCCGAGCAAGAACUCACUGUCAUCUUCGACACCGGCAGCGAUGUCACUUGGAUCCAAUGCCAACCUUGCUUAACCUCUUGUUACUCCCAACAAGAGCCCCUCUUCGCCCCAGCUCAGUCCACAACCUUCUCCUCUGUGUCAUGCUCCGACCCUGCUUGCUCCCAGCUCAACUCGCCUGAUUGCUCCAACAACACUUGUGUCUACACUGUCACAUACGGCGACAAGUCUUAUACCAAUGGCUUCUACUCUGAAGACACUCUCACACUCUCUCCCACCGAUACCCUCACUAGCUUCUUCUUUGGUUGUGGAGUGAACAACAGUGAUGGUUUUGGCAAAGUCGUUGGUCUCCUCGGCCUCGGUCGAGGCCCGGCAUCUUUAAUCUCUCAGUCCAAUACCAAAUACAACAGUUUUUUCUCGUACUGCCUCCCUUCCACCUCCUCCUCAACUGGUUACCUCACCUUCGGUGGCGAAGCUCCAACCAAUCUGAAUAGCACUCAAAUGCUCACUAAUUCAUCAAUGCCCAGCUUCUACUUCCUUGGUCUCCAGGGAAUAAGUGUGGAUGGAACACAGCUUGAUAUUCCUCCAACUGUGUUUUCUAACGUCGGAACUAUCAUAGACUCCGGCACGGUCAUAAGCCGGCUGCCACCAGAGGCAUACUCUUCUCUCCGGGAUGCAUUCCGGCAAAAGAUGUCAAAUUAUUCAGAGGCACAGGCAACGAAUUUACUUGAUACAUGUUAUGACUUAUCAAGCUAUGACACAGUGGAGAUACCGACGGUGUCGUUGGAGUUCGAAGACGGCAUGGCCUUGGAUUUGGAUGCUUCCCAAAUACUCUUCCUUGUGAAUGGUCCGUCUCAAGCUUGCUUAGGCUUCGCCGGAAAUAAAGACGCUAGUGAUGUGGGUAUAAUUGGGAAUACUCAACAGCGUAAGUUCAGUGUGGUUUAUGAUGUGCCAAAUCAAGUCAUUGGGUUUGGACAAGGAGGAUGUGAUUAAUGAUGAUGAUGAUGAUGAUUAAGGGAGUGUUUAUUUACUUAAAUAAAUGGGAUUAGUACUUGAUACUUAUGACCAUCAAAUGUGUGUUUUUGUUUUGCAUCUUUAAAUUGAUAGAACUUGAUUCCAUAGAACUUUAUGGAUUUCACAAUGAGAAUAAUCCCUAU